AUGGAAGAGAAGCUUCUGCAAAACCUCGCUCGCGUGGUGCGAGAGAGUGGGGCCAAGAUUGUCCUCUCCAGUGACUGGCGUCGCCAUCCCGAGGCUCGGGCAGAAGCUCAGCAGGUGUUGGCUUCUGUGGGGCUCGAGAUCAUCGGUUGCACUCCCUGCAAGAGCCCCUACCUGGCGCAGCGGCCGACGGAAAUUCUAGAAUGGAAGAGAGAGUUCAUGAGGACCCAUCCUGGCGAGAAGUGGGAGAACUGGGUGGCCAUCGACGACAGGGAACUGUUGACGGAGCAGAACGGGCGUUUUUUGCGCGGCCACUUUGUCCAGACCCACCCUUUGCGGGGGCUCACGGUCGAAGCCGCUGAUGCAUGCAUCGCACUCCUCCGUCAAGAAGUCACCAAGGCUGAUGCAGGUGCCACGGGUCCUCUUCACCCAGGCGUGCCUCGCAGCGGCUCCUUCGAGGUUUCUUCUGCGAAUCCGACGGGCCGCGCUGCCACCGCGGAGGAGGACGCACCUGUGCGCCAAAGACCUCAGGCUACGCCUGGCCGACCUGCGCCUGCCGCUUCGCACAUUUCCGCGGCGCACGCAGCCAGGGCGCUGCGUGUGCACGGAACAGCACCUUUGCAGGCACGGCGGCCCAGUGACUCUGUCGCCGUCGCAUCGCGAACGGCGCCUGCGCGACGGCCACGCCCCCGCUCUGUCGACGCAGGCGUUGUCGAUCGAAGAUGA